GUCCGCCCAACACUCCAGACUCGUCUGGCAGCAUCUAAAAUGACGGCUGACGGUGUGAGUGGAGGGAUUUCGAAAAACUCCGAGUACGCUCAAUUAAGUGACUUCAGCAGUUUGGACGCGUCCAAGCCAGAUUUCAAGCGAGACGAGGACAAUGUGAGCGUAGCUGGGACCGUUUUUAAUGAGCCUUGGGAUUCGAAUGUUUGGGAGAAUUUGUUGGAUUUAGCGAGUCAUGGAGAUGAAGGAUUGGAACCUGGAAUCAGGCAAUUUUCAGAAACUAUUCAUGAAGAAGACUCUGACUCGGACAGAACCCCAGGUGGAUCUACCCGCAUGCAUGAGUCCGAUGAUGAACUUGACGAGGAUAUGUGGAUGUCCAUGACGGCAUCAGCCCGUAGAACACUACCAUCGGAUCGUGUUACCUGCAAAGCGUGGGAGAAUGAUGAUGCGGCCAGUAGCUACGGUACUGUAGAUAGUUUGGAUCACUCCGCUUCUGGAACGUUGCGAAAGGAUCGUGCUCGAACUUCACCGCAUUCGAUGCACUCGCUCCCCAGGGCAAUUUCCCGGUUUUCACAGCAAGUCGGCUCAUUGGACGACUUGCCACUUUCCCUCCCUGCCCUUUCGCCCAACCUCAAUUCUGAGCGGAAAACAAGUCAGACUGAUUCCAGCACUGCUCUUCAGUCUUACGUCGAGAGGCUCGCUGAAGAUGAAAGUACAGUAUUUGGUGCAACGCUGAAGCGGUUUAUUGAGUGUACUGUCCAAAGCGAAGAGGCUGAUCCUAGCGUAGUUGUGAGAAAUGUGAGGCAAUUUAUCAACGGAAUCAAGAAUUACCUAGUUAAACAUGGGGAAGGUAUGUUAGCAUAA